AUGUUCAACUCUUACCAUACGAAUGAAAAAUCGUAUUUCGUCGGUGGUGUUUUCAAUUCAAGUGGGUCUGGAAAAGUGUUUCCGAUUCCAAUUGGAGCCAAAAGCGAAACUAGUUCAUGCGAACCGAUUUAUCAGGGCAAAAGUAACCUUCUGGUUCAUAAAAACGAAGCAAGCGAUCCAUUCUUCUGUUCGAAACGUCUUCAAAAGGACAUUGAACCUUUAGUUCCCAAACUUGACCUUUCACCAUUGGAUAGCGACUCUGAAAAGGUCAAAGAGGUUCGGCCGAACGUUCAGUGGGAUAUUUUGAUCGCUGUUCAAUCGCCUAAGUGCAAUAAGCCGAAACAAAUUGGAUCAGUAAUUCCAAAAUUGGACGUCCAUCAAGACACGAACUCCUUGAGUAGCACAACAAUUUUGACGCUUCACGAGAUUUCGGCUAAAGCGAACCCCUGGGAUCUGAAAAGACCUCUCGAUACAUAUACUGUAAUUGAUAAUAGUUCGAAUUACGAGAACUUAGCUCGGUUUCAAAAGCCGAGACAUUUACCACCAAAUGCAGGUUUUCUUCGACGCUAUUCGAAAGCCAAAGCGCAGCAGUUUGUGAAGCGCAUUUCGGCUAGUGACGCUUCUGCUUCGGGGUCAGCAGCGAUUGGGUUCGACGAGGGUUCAAUGUUGCGACCUCUGACCUUGGUCAGUUGGUCCAGUUUAGAAAGACCUCAGUACCUGAUUCAAGACGACAUGGACAUGCUGCUGUAUUACAAUGACGUCAAGUUUGAAAAGCCUGCAGAAAUCAAAUUCUGCUCGAAGUUCAAGUUGAAGAAAGAGCGAAGCAGAAUUGAGAAACCGACUAAAAGUUCUACUCUAAAAGCUGUGCAGCCGAAGAAAUCCAAGCGGAAGAUCAGAUACAUCCGAAACAUCGUCACCAUACCCCCUAACAAGACAUUUGUUCCUAGCAGGCACAAACACAUUCAGAUAAACAUGAAAUAA